CUUAUUCUAGGCUCCUUCAGUCCAGUUCUAACUUCUAACCCUAAGUUUCCCCUAACUCCCUAUCACGGCAGCAAAGCGCCGCACGGCGGUCCUGCAGCACCCCACGGCGGCCCUACAGCUCCCCACGGUCCCCACUCGCCUCACCGGUCCUCACGUCACGCCCUCACCGUCACGGCCUGCAGCACCCCACUCGCCUCACCGGCCCGCACGCACGGACGCACCCUCAAUCGCCAUGGCUGAAGAAGCAGGUAUGUUUAUGGUUCCCCAAACGAUCGGCAGUGUUUUGUGUUGCAAAUGUGGUAUUCCAAUGGCACCAAAUUCUGCCAAUAUGUGUGUCAAGUGUUUGCGCUCCGAAGUUGACAUCACAGAAGGUCUGCAGAAGAAUGUGAUCAUAGUUCAUUGCCCUGAGUGUGACACCUACUUGCAGCCGCCGAGGACUUGGGUCAAAGCACAAUUGGAAUCGAAGGAGCUUUUGACUUUCUGCGUGAAGAGGCUGAAGAAUUUGAAUAAAGUAAGAUUGGUGCAUGCAGAGUUCAUUUGGACGGAACCCCAUUCCAAAAGGAUCAAGGUCAAAUUGAAAAUUCAGAAAGAGGUUCUUAAUGGAGCAAUACUUGAACAAUCGUAUGUGGUCGAGUUUGUUCAGCAAGAACAUAUGUGUGAAUCCUGUUCGAGGGUUCAGGCCAAUCCAGACCAGUGGGUUGCAGCCGUGCAACUGCGCCAGCAUGUUUCUCACAGGCGCACUUUCUUUUAUUUGGAGCAGCUGAUUCUGAAGCACGGUGCUGCUGCCACUGCCAUAAAGAUUAAGCAGAUGGAUCAAGGGAUUGACUUCUUUUUCUCAAACCGGAGUCAUGGUGUGAAAUUUGGGGAGUUCAUUGGUAAGGUUGCUCCAGUGAGGAGUCGUCAUGACAAACAGCUUGUUUCCCAUGAUAGUAAGAGUAAUAACUAUAAUUACAAGUACACUUUCUCAGUCGAAAUCUGCCCAAUAUGCCGUGAGGAUUUGAUCUGUUUGCCUCCGAAAGUCGCUGCUAGUAUGGGAAAUCUAGGGCCUCUUGUGAUUUGCACUAAAGUGACCAGCAGCAUUGCUUUGUUGGAUCCGUUCACCUUAAGGAUUUGUUUCUUGGAUGCUGAUCAAUAUUGGAGGGCGUCAUUCAAGUCUCUACUCACUAGCAGGCAGUUAGUGGAGUAUAUAGUGUUAGAUGUUGAGAGUGUUUCUUCUGAAGUUAAUGUUGGUGGCUCCAAGUAUGCUUUAGCGGAUGCACAAGUGGCCCGUGUUUCGGAUUUCGGGAAAAAUGAUACAAUUUUCUCCAUAAGAACGCAUCUAGGCCAUCUUUUGAACCCUGGUGAUUAUGCUCUUGGCUAUGACUUAUAUGGGGCUAACAGUAAUGACAGUGAACUAGAGAAGCACAAGGGUCUGAUCCUCCCAGAUGCAAUUUUGAUAAGGAAGAGCUAUGAAGAGAAGCGCCAGAAGAAGCGGGGGAAGCCUCGUGCCUGGAAGCUUAAAUCCCUUGACAUGGAAGUUGAUGAUAGAGCUAGAGGUGAUCCAGAGAAGAUUCAUUCUGAGUAUGAACAGUUCUUGAAAGAUCUGGAGGAGAACCCUGAUAUGAGAUUCAAUAUAUCAUUGUACCGUAAUAGAGAAUACCAGCCGUCAGAGAUGGCAUCUGUGACCGACGGAGAUGAUUUACCUUCUGUUCCACUAGAAGAGUUGCUUGCUGAUCUCGGUCUAAGCGAAGAGGAAGAUGAAGGUGAUGACAUGAGAGAGUGAUCAGAAGCUUUUGCUCUUACACAUAAUUUUCCUUUAUCUGAACUGUCUUUACCCUGUCUUCAUUUGCACUGUGGCCGGGCCUUGUUUGUUCUUCCAUUGCUAUCAAAGCUUUAAAGCUUUCUUUUCUUUUUUUCUUUUUUCUUUUUUUUUUCUUUUUUUUUUUUUUUUUUUUUUUUUUUUGUGAUUGUUUAUCUUGUAAAGGCGGUAUGUACUUUUAACAGUUAUUUUGAGUUGUUUCUAUUAGCCUUGUUUAAGUUUAAAAAGCCAUGGGAUUGUUAGUUUCUAUGGUGAUGAAAAGUAUAGA